ACAAUAACAAAACUUAAAGUAAAGUUAUUUAUUGUGCUUUUCACUUAUAAUAAUAAGCAUAAUAUGACAACGAACUGCGUAUAUUGUAACGAAGAAGAAGAUAAACAACUACAACCGGGUUUAGUAUGCGAGAGCUGUUUCUGUUUCGUGCAUUUAAAAUGUUUGCGCAAUGCUGGAACUCCUGGCGAUUUCGUAUGCGAUGUAUUCUUCGAUUUUACAUGCGAGGAUUGUUCUUCCGAUAAACUUGAAGUAUUUGUCAGAAACAAAUUUCCUUGGGUAAAUGUUAUAUACUUGACUCUAAAUCAUUUAAACUGUCACUCAUAUGGGAUCAGUAACAGAGGUUAUUUCCACUACAAAACUCAUAUUUGUUCAUUCAUAGAUAGAAACUGGCAGGCACUGUUUGGAUCAAAUUCGAAACAGAAAAAAAAUUGGAUUGGCACUAUAGCAGGAGUCUUAUCUAUAUAUAAUAAGCUAGUCUUCAAAUCUGGUUCGGCAGAUCUCGGAGAAAUGGGCUGGUGGAAAUUGCAGCAUAACUUCUCGCCUGCUGUGGCAGCACAUAUAAUUCAGGAAGUUGCUCGAGAUAAGCCACUGGGAAUGUCAAGGAAUCAACUGACACUUGAUAACACCUUUUUUAUCAGCAGGAUCACAAACAUGGGCUACAAAGAUUACAUAAUUGAAGAGAAAGAUUCAGAGAUGAGCGCACCAGCGCCUAAUAAGAAAAGACGCCUGGAGCCACCAGAACCAAGUGUCUCCGACUUCCAGGAGCGAGAUUCUAAUAGCAGGUUGGAUAAUUUAGAAGAAUGCGUCUACGAAGACAGCUACAACAUGGACGCAACUGAGGGCUCCUACCCAGAACUAGAGUUCAAAGAGUUCGACUUCACGCCGACAAGCCAAAUACCGAAUAUGCAGAGUGACACCUCAAGCGUAACCUCCUUCCAGCAUACGCUCUUCUUCUACGACUCUGACUCCCGAAGCGGCUCAGAACAAGAAAAGAAACUGGAAACAAAACCAAAAAAGACAGAAGAGAAACCAGUAAGAAGAGAAUCUCUUUUCUCUACCGAACUCAAUUCAGAGGACCUGCCGUGGACGACUCCUCGCGCGGAGACGAACGUGUUGGAAAUGACUCAAUACGAAGAAGUACAGCUCUUGAAGCAGAUCGAAGGGCUGGUAACUAAAGUAAAGGACUCUGCAAGACGAGCCUCUCUUCACAGGCUGAAGGCAAAACUGACUCUGCGCAGGCUGAAGAGACACAAGCAUUUACCUAUAUUCAAUUUUGACAAGACGGUAAAGUUGCUGAGCGGUCACGCCGCUGAGGAUCCUCGGCAGGUCAACAACGUCGAGAGAGUGCUGGACAGGUUCCAGAGAUCGUUCCUUAUGGAUAACCUCUGCGGUACUAUAGCAAGUACAACCCACGGAACCCUCCUGCUGUCGCGCAUGGAAGCCCUGCCCUUCAGGUCUCCGUACUCCGGAGUCACCCUCAAGCCUUACAUAAGACGGGACACCGAAACCUGCACCACCUGGAUGAAGCUAAUGGACGAGCUGCUGAGGAAAACUCACAGGCACAUAAAGGACUACGAGCCACCCGCACACAUGUCCAUUGACUACUCCUACGUCCGUCCGCAGCACAUCGCUGCAGUCAAUAAUUUAUGUGCCCAGUUCUUCUGGCCUGGCAUAGACCUGACCGAGGCCCUGCAGUACCCAGAGUUCAGCUGUGUAGUGACGUACGGACGCCUGGUCGUGGGCUGUGCCUUCCUGGUGCCGGACGCGGGACAUUCCACCGCGUACAUCUCCUUCGUGCUCACCAGGCCGGAGUGGGGCAGGGCCGGCAUUGCUACAUUCAUGCUGUACCAUCUACUUCAGACUUGCACGGGCCAAGAUAUCACACUGCAUGUGUCACCAACAAAUCCAGCUAUAUUUUUAUAUCAAAAAUUUGGCUUCAAAGUUGAAGAACUUAUACAAGACUUUUAUGAGAAGUACUACGACAUCGAAUACAAGGGAUGCCGGCACGCGCUAUUUCUUCGACUUGUCAGAUAAAUAAAGUAGUACUUUAAAAACCUUUAUUUUAUUUACAAACAAAACCUUAUAGUCUAACUAUCACUUACCUACUGAACAAACUUCAAAAAUUCAACAACAAAAGAACUAAACACCUACAUUUCGAUAGAACUUCACGCACAGAUCAGUUGUUUAUUGGUUUACAAUAGAAGUUAGUGAUUUUUUUCUAUUUAGUAAAACCGGUUAAAAUAGGUAAUGUUAGGGAUUACUAUUUCAGCAAACGUUUAGAAAAUACAAUAUUUAAAUAAUUUA